AUGUUUGGAAGCCCAUGUCGACUUCCAGAUUCGGAUCUCUCUCCGCUGGGAUGGAGGGACGAAGAAUACCGCUACGCAUUGGCCGUGGACGUGCUGGUUGUCGAGGCCAGUCCGGUCGACCAGGGCCAGGAUGGCAUCCUCGUAUCCGGUGCCUAUGCGCCUUACCUCUACUUCUGGCCCAACCUGGUUGUGGGCGGCGGCAGCACCAUCAAUCCCAUGGUGUUCCUGAGGGGCCACAAGGAGGACUACGACGCCUGGGGUUCGCUUGGUAACGCGGGCUGGAGCUGGCAGAGCAUACUCCCUUAUUUCCUCAAGCCAGUUGACCUCACCGGGCCCAACGUUCAGAGCGAGAACUUCCCCGCGCCAUGCCUGGUGAAGCGAACUGGCGGAACGCCGCCAAUGAAGUCGGCCUUCCUCCGGUCGAAGAUCCCCAGGCGGGAUUCAAGCAAGGUAAACCGCGAAGUCGGGUUGCUCCGAGGGCUCCCGGCCACUAACGCCACAUACAACGCCCAGCCUGAGGGGAUCCUGAACCAAUUCGCGAGCAACGUCGGAGUUGGCACGGUGCACUGGGGCACCUCCGACUCGGCGCUGCUCUACCACCUCAAGCCGCUCAGCCGCGGCACUGUCAACAUUAACUCGACCGAUCCCCUGGCAAGCCCGCUGAUCGACUUCCGCACGGCCACCGACCCGAUCGAUCUCCAGGUCUACACCACCGUGUUCCGCAAGAACCGCGACCUGUUCGCGGCGCCCGCAAUGCAGGCCCUGGGACCAACCGAGGCGGCGCCUUCCGGGGCCCACCUGACCACCGACGAGCCGAUCAAUCGCGGCCGUGAUGCGCAAUCAAAUCUACCCGACCAAUGCCCACCAGUGCUGCACGGCUGCCAUGCUGUCAGGCAGCUCGACGAUGUCGUCUCCAGCGAGCAGAAGGUCUACGGCAUCAGUGGGCUCCGUGUUUGCGGAUAUCAGCUUCCUGGCCUUUCCAGCUCUCCGGUGCGCCCCAGGCGACCAUCCAAGAAGAAAAUGCGCGGUACAGACGUGCUGCCAUUUGACAAGAGUAAAGUCUUCCCUAAAUGGGACGUCGUAACCUUGAGCCGCGAGGGAUAA